CGACCUUGUGAAAGGAGGACAAUUCAAACAUUUUGCACGGUCAGAGAAGUUUAGAAAAUGCCUCUGGAGCGUCUUGAAGAAGAAGGUCUUGAGAAAAUUCCCAACUUAAGAUUAGCGCAAUGGGUUUUCCGGGCUGGAUUAACUAAGACUCCCGAUACGAUGCGUAAAGAACUUAUGGCAAAAAUUACCAAGUGUAUACAAGAUGAUA